ACUGUUCUGCCAGAGCAGAUGUGACAGUCGUUGCGUGUGGUUGAAUAAAUUUACAAUUCGUGUAUUCGAUCAAAGUUGCUUGUUCACUUUAUGUGCUGUGUUUUUUUCAUCUUCUUCUGAGUAUUGUUUAGGCAUAUAAAUCGAUUGUGAAAGUUAUAAAAUUGAAUGUCAGUGACAUCAAAGCGAAUGGAGAUUUCUAUAUUGAAAUUAUUGGUUGCUUCAGUGGUUCCAAUCGAUUUGAUAUUGUAUUAAAAAGACAUUUUGAUUGAAAAGUGUUUGUUGGUGAGCGUGUGAGUGUAUAUGUCAGAUAAAAACAAUUGUCAUUCCAACAUGAGUGAAUCAAAUCGAAUAACAAUUGAAAAUGCCGUCGAUAAUAUGAAGAAUGUGGAUGCUGAUGACGAACAACCACAAAAAACGCAUAGCUAUGAUUUGUUGUCGGCUGAAUUACCAUCGGCUGUGCCACAAUAUGGUAUCAAAAUGAAAUUCAAUCACAAAUAUCCGGAGAAACGUACACAAAAUAUACGGCCAUCGGUGCGACAAAGCCUGCCACUCAUUCCAUUGGCAUGGAGAUAUUUGAUGUAUUAUUCAAAAGUGACCAAAGAAGGUAGAAAAUGUGUUAUGGAUUACAACUAUCUUGAACAUUCACGUCAAAUCUACGGAGUUCCAAUAGGAGGUAUUGGUAGCGGAACCAUCGGACGUGGAUACGCUGGUGAAUUUUGUAGAUUUCAACUGAGGCCAGGCAUCUAUGAAUACAAUGUGGUAUAUGCCAAUCAAUUUAUCGUGACGAUUGGCGAUGCCAGUGGCAAAACUAUUUUCCAAAGCCUUUUGUCUACCUAUGAGCGCCCAUUGAAAUCAUCGUUAUCAAGUUGGGAAUCAAAGUUAGACGGCAAUAAAUGCACAUAUACGGGAUUGUAUCCACGUGCUUGGUCUGAAUAUGAUCUCAGCGAGUAUGGCAUUAAGUUGUGUUGUCGUCAAAUUUCACCAUUUUUACCACAUGAAUAUAAAGAUUCAUCGUUACCGUGUGCCGUUUUUGUUUGGACAGUGGAAAAUGUGGGCAAUGAAGAACGCAACGUAUCGAUUACGUUUACAUUUAAAAAUGGCACCGGCACAAAAAAGCAAGAUGCCGAAGGCGAUCCAACGACGACAGCAUUAGAUAGCGAAUCGAUUAAAUCGAUUUGUAUAAAACAGACGAUUGUCGGCAUGGAAUGUACGUAUGCGGUUGCGUGCAAAGGUGAUAAUGACAAUUUGAGCUCAUGCACGCAAUUCGAUCCAUUUGGUAACGGUGAGAAAUUGUGGAAAGACCUAAAUGAGAAUGGAAAACUCACCGAAGCCAGCACCGAUGAAAAACUCAAAGGCAAGGAUGUUGGUGUGGCCAUUUGUAAGAAAUUAAAGGUCAUGCCGCAUACCAGUAACGAUUUGGAAUUUGCAUUAGCAUGGGACAUGCCGAAAAUACAAUUUCAUAAAAAAAUCAAAGAAUAUAACAGAUAUUAUACCAAAUUCUUUGGUGGAAAUGGUGAUGCAGCCCAUAAAAUUUGUACAUACGCAUUGGAAAGCUAUGAACGAUGGGAACAGAUAAUUUGCAAUUGGCAACAGCCAAUUCUCAAUGAUGCUGAGCUACCAGAUUGGUAUAAGAGUGCCAUUUUUAAUGAACUUUAUUUCAUAUCCGAUGGCGGAAGUCUUUGGUUAACAUUCGAACAAACGGAAGACGUUGAUUACAAUGAUCCCCGUUUGGCUUACGGUAGAUUUGCCUAUUUGGAAGGUCAUGAGUACAGAAUGUACAAUACUUACGACGUCCACUAUUAUGCAUCACACGCAUUGGCAUCCCUAUGGCCAAAUCUACAAAUAAGCAUACAAUACGAUUUUCGUGAUUCGAUUUCAAUGGAAUUACCAGAGCUUCGAAAAAAUUUGUACGACGGCAAGGCUACAAAAAGAAAAAUGAUGUCAUCAAUUCCGCAUGACUUGGGCGAUCCAGCUGAAGAACCGUUCACAUUAAUCAAUUCGUACCCAAUUCAUGAUGUGGCCGAGUGGCGGGAUUUGAAUGUGAAAUUUGUGCUGCAAGUGUAUCGUGAUUAUGAAAUACUUAACGGGCUCUCGAAAUCGGCACAAACCAAUCCGAAUAAAUUCACAUCCAUUGAAUUUAUUGACAAGGACAGUGUGUUCGAUCUUCAUAUUCAAGACAAUCGUCAUAAAAUCUCAUCACCAGAUAAUGAAAAGGCCAAAAAACCAGCCUCACUUUAUAUCAAUGGAAGCAAUGGGAAAUUUUGCAUGAUGGACGGCUUAACAUAUUUGAAAGCAAUGUAUUCCGCUUGUAAAUUGCUAAUCGAAAAAACACUAGAAUGGGAUAAAGAUGGUGAUGGUUUGAUUGAAAAUAGUCGCUCACCAGAUCAAACUUUUGACACAUGGGUUAUGGACGGACCGAGUGCCUAUUGCGCAGGAUUAUGGCUGGCUGCCCUUCAGUGCAUGUCAACGAUGGCCAACCUCGUCGACAUGCCCGAAGAUUACAUAAAGUAUUCUGAAAUUUUGGACAAAGGCAAAAAGGCAUACGAAGAUAAAUUAUGGAAUAAAACCUACUAUAAAUUUGACACAAUGAGCAGCUCAAAGAAAUCCGUUGUGAUGGCAGAUCAACUGUGUGGCCAUUGGUACUUGAGAUGCUGUGGAUUCGAUUAUGACGUGUUUCCAAAAGAAAAUGUGCGCGCCGCGUUAAAGACAAUCUAUGAUAAUAAUGUGAUGUGUGUUUGUGAUGGAAAUUUGGGGGCUGUCAAUGGAUUUGUAUUGAACUCAAACCCAGAUAAACCAGGUCAUGUUGACUACACGACAAUUCAAUCGGAAGAAGUUUGGACGGGUGUGACAUAUGCUCUCGCUUCAACUAUGCUCUACGAAGGAAUGACCGACGAAGCAUUUCAAACAGCUGGUGGCCUAUAUAAAUCAAUAUCGCAACGUUUUGGAAUGAAUUUUGAAACACCAGAAGCUUUCUUUGUCGGCCGAUAUUUCCGCAGUUUGGGUUAUAUGCGACCAUUGAGUAUUUGGAGUAUGCAAAUGGCAUGGGAAAAAAAGAAACAGCAACGUGAUUAAAAAAAAUCCAAUUAAUCAGAACAAUUGACCAAAUGACAAAAAUUAAAAGACAAAAAUGAUUUAUUAUGUUUUAUUAGAGUAUUGUAUGGAUUGUGUGCAAAAAAAAAGUAUAUUGCAUGCGAGAAAAGAUGUUAUAUUAUUCUGAAUUUUGAUGAUAUUAUAUGCUUGUAAGUGCUGUGUGAGUAAAAUAUGAAUUUACAUGGAACCAAUUUGUUCAAAAAUCAUGAAUUUAAUGAAAGGUACACAUUAAAAAAAAUUAUAUCCAACAUGUAUUUAUGUGAGAAAAAAAAAGAAUGUUCAAAUAAAUGGCAAAUCGGUUUCACUCAAAUUGUUUGAUUGGGAUUGCUUCGUUAAUUCAAUAGUCUUUGUUGAAUCUCAAUCAAAUAUCUGCAACGUUUACUCUCAUAAUAUGUAGUGUGUCAAAAUUCUGUGAUCAUUGUUUUGGUAUUUAAAUCUGCAUGUGGAAUAAAUCUCCUGAACAAAAACCACAUUUAAAUCGAACAAAAAUGCUUCAAUUUCAUUGUUGAAAUGUUUUUCCUCUUUUUUGAAUGCAAUUCAAUUUCAAUUAAUAAUUCGUCAUUUAAUCAAUGUUAUAGAUUUAUAUACAUGUAGAAAUAUAUCGCUUAAUAAGAUACAAUAAUGGCAGGAACUACUUUUUGCUACAAAUAAUCGAUGAGCCAGAAAUCAACCCAAAGGAAAACCUCAGAUAUUAUAUUUUACUUUGUCAACCAUCACGUAAUCAAUCACUAAUAUAUUUGCUUGCCUGUGGAAUUUGUAAGGGGAAAAACGAACGACCAUUUUAAUGGAAACAAUAAAAAAACACUGUAUAACAAACCCAGUA